AUGACAAUCGAUCUUGAUAUGCUUGGUUCUUUCAUGGAAAACAGGUUGGCUGCAAUCUGCAGUGUAGCCUUGUUAUCACAAAGCAACUUUGUUGGUCAAGUUUUGUCAACGCCAAAAUCUGACAUCAACCCUUCUGAGCACACAAUUUCAACCGCGGCAAAUGCCAUGUUUUUAUAUUUUGCCUCCGCUGAUGAGCGUGCUAUUGUGGUUUACUUUUUUUAUUUUCAAGAAAUUAAAGAAUUUUCUAACUUUAUGCAGAAUCCCGUUAUUGAUCUUCCAGUCAUUGGAGCCUUCAUCUUCAUCCUCGAGCAUCAUUUCUCUCUUGAUGUUUGGGAUCCUUUCAAGGACUUCCCUUUCCCUUCUUCACUCGCAACUCGUUCUCCUGAAACCUCUGCUUUUGUAAACACCCGCAUCGACUGGAAGGAGACCCCAGAAGCUCACGUCUUUAAGGUUGAUCUUCCUGGGCUUAAGAAAGAGGAAGUGAAAGUUGAGGUCGAAGAUGACAGGGUGCUUCAAAUCAGCGGCGAGAGGAAGAUAGAAAAGGAAGACAAGAAUGAUACGUGGCACCGUGUGGAGCUGAGCAGUGGGAAGUUUUCGAGAAGGUUUAGGUUACCGGAGAAUGUGAAGAUGGAUCAGGUUAAGGCUUCAAUGGAGAAUGGGGUUCUUACUGUUACUGUUUCUAAGGUGGAAGUGAAGAAACCUGAUGUCAAAACCAUUGACAUUUCUGGUUAAAAA